AUGACAGUCCGGGCUGGUUCACGGCUAAACGGAGGAGGAGGCGGAGGAGGAGGAGGAGGAGGAGGAGGAGGAGGAGGAGGAGGCCGCGGCGGCCGAGGAGGCUUCGGAGACCGAGGAGGCUUCGGAGACCGGGGCGGACGAGGAGGCUUCAGAGGGGGGAGAGGAGGAAGCUUCAGGUCCCCGGACGGUGGAGGAUUCCGGGGCCGAGGAGGCGGCAGAGGGACCCCGAGAGGCCGCGGCGGCGGCCGAGGCGGCGGCCGCGGAGGCUUCGGAGGAGGCAAGAAGGUCCUGAUCGAGCCCCACAGACACGAGGGGGUGUUCAUCUGCAGGGGGAAGGAGGACGCCCUGGUCACCAAGAACAUGGUGGUGGGGGAGUCCGUGUACGGGGAGAAGCGGAUGAGCGUGGAGGAGGGCGACACGAAGAUCGAGUACAGAGCGUGGAACCCGUUCCGCUCCAAACUGGCCGCAGCCAUCUUAGGGGGGGUGGACCAGAUCCACAUCAAGCCCGGGGCUAAGGUCAUGUACCUGGGGGCCGCCUCCGGCACCACCGUGUCCCACGUGUCGGACAUCGUGGGUCCGGACGGGCUCGUGUACGCCGUGGAGUUCUCGCACCGCUCGGGCCGCGACCUCCUCAACGUGGCCAAGAAACGCACCAACAUCAUCCCGAUCAUCGAGGACGCGCGGCACCCGCACAAGUACCGCAUGCUGGUGGGCAUGGUGGACGUGAUCUUCGCCGACGUGGCGCAGCCGGACCAGACCAGGAUCGUGGCGCUGAACGCCCACAACUUCCUGAAGAACGGGGGCCACUUCGUGAUCUCCAUCAAGGCGAACUGCAUCGACUCCACCGCGGCCCCGGAGGCCGUGUUCGCCUCGGAGGUCAAGAAGAUGGGGGCCGAGAACAUGAAGCCGCAGGAGCAGCUGACGCUGGAGCCGUAUGAGAGGGACCACGCGGUGGUGGUGGGCACCUACAGACCCGCACCCAAGACCAAGAAAUGAGCCCCCACAGACUCCCCCCGGCCCCCCCUUAAACCCUGUACUGUCUUAUUAAUGCCCCCCUCCCUCCAGACAAACAUUAGGCCCUGGACCACGUGGGGAGGCCCCCCAGGUCCAGGUCCAGGUCCAGGUCCAGGUCCAGGUGUCCCCCCUUCACUCUGAUUGAAAGCUUUUAUUUUUCUUUUUCUUUUAAUUGUUUCUGACGGACUCGAGGCAGGAGACAGACUUUAUUCCUGACUUUAUUCCUGUGAAGCGUCCGUGUCUCAGAUCUCAUGUGUUUGUUGACAUGAAGUUUGUUUUGAUAAAAGAUUCUUGUUUGUUGAAAAAAAUAAAAAGAAAACAGGAAAAAAAAAGA